GGCCCGGGCCGCGGCCGCCGCGCAUCCGCCGCCAUCGCCCGUUCCCCGGCGCCAUCCGCCGCCAUCCGCCGCCGCCAUGACGGAGCAGAUGACCCUGCGCGGGACCCUGAAGGGCCACAACGGCUGGGUGACGCAGAUCGCCACCACGCCGCAGUUCCCCGACAUGAUCCUGUCGGCCUCGCGCGACAAAACCAUCAUCAUGUGGAAGCUGACCCGUGACGAGACCAACUACGGGAUCCCGCAGCGGGCGCUGCGCCCCCCCCCCAUUCUGCUGGGUUUGGGGUCAGUCCCAUUGGGUUUGGGGUCAGUCCUGGUUUUGGGGUCAGUCCCAUUGGGUUUGGGGUCAGUGCCGUGGCCGGGGUGGCUCUGGCCGUGUCCCCACACCCCUGAGGUGUCCCCCCGUCCCUGUCCCCCCCCACAGGACGAGAGUCACUCCGAGUGGGUUUCCUGCGUGCGCUUCUCCCCCAACAGCAGCAACCCCAUCAUCGUGUCCUGCGGCUGGGACAAGCUGGUCAAGGUGUGGAACCUGGCCAACUGCAAGCUGAAGACGAACCACAUCGGGCACACGGGUUACCUGAACACGGUCACCGUGUCCCCCGACGGCUCCCUCUGCGCCUCGGGGGGCAAGGACGGGCAGGCCAUGCUGUGGGACCUGAACGAGGGCAAGCACCUGUACACGCUGGACGGGGGGGACGUGAUCAACGCGCUCUGCUUCAGCCCCAACCGCUACUGGCUGUGCGCAGCCACGGGCCCCAGCAUCAAGAUAUGGGACCUGGAGGGGAAGAUCAUCGUGGACGAGCUGAAGCAGGAGGUGAUCAGCACCAGCAGCAAAGCGGAGCCGCCCCAGUGCACCUCGCUGGCCUGGUCGGCUGACGGGCAGACGCUGUUCGCAGGUUACACCGACAACCUGGUGCGGGUGUGGCAGGUGACCAUCGGCACCCGCUGACACCAAAACCCGCCU